GUGGGCUCCGAGUCAACAGGCACGACAGUGGGCUCUGAGUCAAUUGGCACGACAGCGGGACCGGGUCAUCAGGUACCAGAUUGUCUGGCUCGACAGCGGGCAUCGGGUCACCAGGUAUGACAGCGGGCACUGGGUCACCAGGCAUCAGGUCAUUUGGCUCGCCAGCGGGCACCGCGUCAUUGGCAAGGCAGUGGGCACCGGGUCAUCAGGUACCGGAUUGUCUGGCUCGACCGGCUGGUAUCGGGUCACCAGGUAUGACAGCGGGCACCGGGUCAUCAGGUACAUUGUCUGGCUCGACAGCGGGGCAUCGGGUCACCAGGCAUCAGGUCAUUUGGCUUGCCAGCGGGCACUGGGUCACCAGGCCUAAUAGGGAUCGUCAGGCUGGAUCAGUUCAUCAUGCUGGGUAGAGGUAUCAGGCUGAAUGCAGGCAUCCGGCUGAGUAAAGGCAUCAGG